AUGUAUAUUUUGCGGAAUGGCCCGCAAUUCAACCCACGAGUCGGUAAUCUAUCGGGACGACCGGGUUUUUGUGGUGAAGGACAUCAGCCCCAAGGCCGCCGUUCACCUUUUGAUUAUUCCCAACAUGCACCUCAACUCCCUGGCCUACAUCGGGCCGGGGCAGGUGCCGAUUAUGGGCCACCUUUACGUGGUGGCCGAGGAGAUGGCCCGACGGGAGGGUGUGGCCCUGAGCGGUUACCGCCUUACCCUGAACCAGGGCCCCGACUCCGGCCAGGAGAUUGCCCACCUGCACAUGCAUCUGCUGGGCGGCCAGGCCUUGGGUGCAAUGGGUUAGGCUAG